CGUUCAGCUGCAACCUUUGAGUAAACAACCACGCAUGAAACUUAAAGCAUAAAAGCACAUUCGAUGAGGGGUAGUUAUUAAAUAUUUAUUAUAAAAAAAGAACUUAAUAUACAACUUUUUCUUCAAAACCUACUGAGAGAGUUAAGAUGGAAGGGUUUUUAAAAACUGGAAAAUUGAACAAAGAAGAUGCUACAAAACAGUCAGUGCCAAAGGAAAAACUAUUGAAAAAGCCGACACCAUGGGUUGAAAAAUAUAGACCAAAAACAGUCGAUGAAGUUGCUGAACAAAAAGAGAUUAUUUCAGUUCUAAAACAGUGCCUUAAUGGUGCAGACUUACCACAUCUUUUGUUUUAUGGCCCUCCAGGUACUGGUAAAACUAGCACAAUAAUUGCUGCUGCCCAUCAAUUGUUUGGUGACAUGUAUAGAGAGAGAAUUUUAGAGUUAAAUGCUUCUGAUGACAGAGGGAUUCAAGUAAUAAGAGACAAAGUUAAGAAUUUUGCCCAGCUGACUGCGAGUUCUACUCGUAAUGACGGUCGGCCUUGUCCGCCUUUUAAGAUCAUAAUUCUUGAUGAAGCUGAUUCCAUGACUCAUGCAGCACAAGCAGCUCUUAGAAGGACAAUAGAAAAAGAAACGAAAACCACUAGGUUUUGUUUGAUCUGUAAUUAUGUGAGUUGUAUAAUACCACCUCUCACUUCGAGAUGCACCAAGUUUAGAUUUAAACCACUAGGGGAAGGCAUGAUACGGACUAGAUUGGAAAUGAUUUGCAAACAAGAAGAGAUCACUUGUGAACCCGUCGCUCUGACCAAAUUGGUCGAAACAUCGGGAGGAGAUUUGCGUAGAGCCAUCACCUGUCUACAGUCAUGCGCUCGGCUCAAAGCUGGGGAACCCAUUACGGAAGAAGACGUUUUCGAAGUAACCGGUAUUGUGCCACAGAAAUGUAUUGAAAGUAUAAUCGAAGCGGCUAGAAGUAACAGUUACGAUAAAAUUGAAUCCACUCUCGAAAAGAUAAUGGCAGAAGCUUAUUCUGGUUCUCAGAUUCUAGAACAGCUUCUAGAAUUUGUCCUGAAUGAUAUGGAGAUACCUGAUAUGGCAAGAGCGAAAAUUUGUGAAAAACUUUCUUUAUGUAAUUAUAGACUUCAGGAAGGAUCAAGUGAAUUCAUUCAGCUAGUAGACUUUUGUUGCACAUUUGCUAAAAUUUAUCAAGAAAUUUCUUAGUUUAUACAUGUUAUUUAUUUAUUUUUUAACACAAAUAAAAUAAUACAUUUGGCAGUUUUGAAUUCCA